CGCUGUGUGCUGAUUGGCUAACCACACAGGAAGGCGGUGGUGUGUAUAUUUCAGGGUCCGGCCUGUGUGAAACUGCAGAAGCGCUCUGACACCAGCUCACGAAGAAGAGCGAAAUCCACCACCGGCACAUUGUUUUUUUAAAUCUUCGUAGCCAGUCAGCGGGAACACCAUGUCUAUGCUGGGGACCGUCGCCAAACAGCUUAAGAACCACCCAGCUCUGAUCCCCCUAUUCAUCUUCAUUGGUGGCGGGGCGACAAUGAGCUUGAUGUACCUUGGCCGACUGGCCCUGAAGAAUCCGGACGUCUGUUGGGACCGGAAGAACAACCCUGAACCUUGGAACAAGAUAGAGCCCAAUCAGCAGUACAAAUUUUUCACAAUAAACAUGGACUACUCCAAGCUGAAGAAGGACGGGCCUGAUUUCUAAACCCCACCCUGUAAUUGUCAUCCCUGCAAAGACGAGCCUUUUGCACAACACUUGACUGAAGUGUGGGUCUCAUUGGGUGCUGCUGUCAUCCAGUCGGUUCAUCUAUAAAGUGUGAAAGUGACUAUAUAAGUAAAACAGGCAACCACCUGUUUAGCUGACAAAUUGAUGCUGUUAUUGUUAACUUGAAUGUGUUUUAAAUUAUUAAAAGCCAUGGAAAUCA